CUCUCAAAACACUUCCAAUUUGUGGUUAGGUUUGAACUUUUGUGUAAAAUAUUUUUAUUUUUUUCUUUUCUUUCAUAAAAAAUAAAAUAUUAAACAAAAUAAAAUGUCGGCAAAUGUUAAAAAAUACGAUGAAAUAGACGAAGCUGAGGAAGAAGCUCUCCUCAAAUCGGAUGAAGAAGGAGCUGCUGGCAACGAAACGCUGGCCGAUGAUGAGGAUGAUGUUCUAAUGGAUGAAGAUACAAUGGGAGAACCCGAUGCUGCCGCCAUCGACGAAGAAGAUGACGAUGAUGAUGAUUCUGAUGAUGAUGUCGAUGAUACAAUAAAACAUGUUUUGGAAUACAAUAAUCUUUUGAAAGAAAUCAAGGAAAACCAGUAUGCUUAUGAUAAAUAUGUUAAAUUAUGUGAAUUAUCGCAUAAAACAGACGAUUUAGAUAAUAUCCGAAAUGCUUAUAAUUUAUUUGCAUCGGUUUAUCCUUUGUCACCGGAGAUUUGGUUGGAAUAUCUAAAAAUCGAAGUUGGAGUUGCAUUAUCAGAAGAAGAAAUACAAAAAGUCGAUGAACUCUUUCAGAAGGCACUCAAGGAUUAUUACAGUUUGGAAAUCGCUUCAGAAUACAUAACAAUCGCAUCGAAAACUAAUCGUGCAACAGAAAUUUGGGAUGAGAUUUUGGGUACUUAUGGAUUACAUUGUUUAAAGGGAAACAAUUUCUUUAAAUUGUACCGGCAGUAUGUUGCGAGUUUGGAAAAAAGUGCCGACGAAAAAACCUCUUUAAAUAUUCAAAGUUACCUACGACAAUUAAAAUUACCUCUUUUCGAUAUGGAAGACAUCUAUAUCGAAUUCAAAGUUGCCUACGAACAAAACAAAGCAGCUCCAGCCUACAGUGGUAUCGAUUGGGAAGCCAUAGAAAAUGAAUACUUUCGUGCCAAAAGACAUUUGCAAAAAAUACUUCCUCACGAACAAAAGCUUCUUGAUAUCGAUGAUAAAUUUUAUCGCGAAAAAGCUGAAAUAUACAGAAGCUAUAUUAAAGAAUCGGAUAAAUUUCUUGACGAAAAUAUCCUUCAAACUCUCUAUGAACGGCUAGUUGCCGAUUGUUGCUUAAAUGCUGACUGUUGGUUUGAGUAUAUUUCAUUUCUUGAUUAUCGAGAUGAAUAUGAACGUCCAAAAGAACUUCAAGAUUUACCAGUAUUUCGUCAGAAUGCUGUAGAUGUUAGUAAUAGAGCAUUGCGCAAUUGUUCAUGGAAUGAAAAAUUGUACAUAAAAAGAAUGCAAUUGCUGGAGAAAAUGGAAAAGAGUCGACAGGAAAUUCAGGAGGUUUUGGAGAGUUCAUUGUCGGUGGGCUUUCAAACACCCGAGCCAGUUGUUGCUAUUUGGUUGGAAUACUUGACGUAUCUUAGACGGCUCACCAACUAUGAGGAUGAAGAAGAAUGUGAAGUUUUGAGGAGAAACUUUAACUUGUGUUGGAAUUCAUUGGGACAACAAUGGGGUGUGUUAGCAGACUGCAACUGUGAGAUAUUACAGUUUUGGGGAAGAUUAGAGUAUGGUCCCCUGCAGGAUCCCAAAAAGGGCAAAGAACUUUGGACUACUGUAAUGGAGAGUUCUGAUAAUGCCACUAAAAGUGGUCUCUGGAUUGAGUUCUCCCAACUAGAAUUGCGACGUGACCUUGAUGCAACUAGAAAACUCUUCCGAAAAGCCCUCCAUUCUCAAGAUCUGGACAACCCAUUUGUGAUAAUAUCGGCGUGGCAACGAUUCGAACGUUGUAAUGGUUCUAUGCGUAACAUGGUGUCCUGCCAGAAAGAUUGUGAUCAAUUUUUAGAACAGUAUCAAAAAACUAUUAAAGAUAUUUCAUUUAAACUCGAACAAAAACCAAAAGCUGACAAAAAAGGUAAUAAAGAUAGAAAACGAAAAGCAAGUGAUGUAUCACAAGAAACCAACGUACAAGAUAAGAAGGCUAAAAUUGUUACCGAUGCUAGUGCUACUGAAUUUUCACCCAAAGAUGCAAGAAAAUCAUCAACAACAGGAGCAUUUAAAGAACAUGAAAAUCAAGAGAUUGAUUUGACAAAAGAUCAUUUAAGAAUAUUUGUCAGUAAUUUGAAUUACGAUUCAAAUGAAGAUGAAGUUAAGGAACAACUGCCUGAACUGAGAAUCUCCAGUAUUAAUUUAAUUCGAUCAGUAAAUGGUCGAAGUAGAGGUUUUGGUUAUAUAGAAUUAGAAGAUGAGACUGAAGUUGAUAAAGCUUUAAAGCUUGAUCGUAAGAUGAUAAGUGGACGACCGAUUUAUAUAUCCAGUGUGCUAAGAGAUAAAGAGAAAAGGCAGAAAUUCAAGUUUUCUGAUGGACUAGAACCUAAAAAACUUUUUGUUAAAGGACUUCCACCAGAUGUAAAAAAAGAAGAAGUCGAACAAAUGUUUAGUGAAUUUGGUAAAUUGCACGAUGUUCGUUUGGUUUUUCACAAAAGUGGAAAAUUCAAAGGCAUCAGUUAUGUUGAAUUCGAUGACGAAAAAUCAGCCACAAAAGCUUUAAUGAAAUUGGACCAGUAUGAAUUACGUGAUCACAUUAUAUCCGUUGCCAUUUCUGCACCUCCUCCAAAGGCUACUUCAGGUAAGGAACCUUUGAAUAUACCAAAAAUGCUUGGUAUAGCUCCAGGUAGAAAGCCAAAAAUAACUGGACAACAACUUAGUCAAAAACCACGAAUGUCAUUGAUUCCUAAUGUAGUGAGAAAACAAAUAAAUCCAUCGUCGUCGUCGGCAACAUCAACAUCAGAAGCAAAUGGUUCAUCAUCAAAAACAAAUGACGAUUUCCGAAAAUUGCUUCUAUUAAAAAAACCUACAUCGUAGGAUAAACAAACAAACAUAAAAACAGAGUGAUUUACUUUUUGAAUUCAUGAAUUAAAAAGUUAAACAAUUUAAUUUUUGUAAUAAACAAA